UCACACUGCGUCACAUCUUGUUCUCUCUUUCUCCUCCGAACUGGCAAGAUGGCGCCGAUCAAACAGAAGAGACCAGCAGUUGGCAAGAAAUCUAAAAAAGGUGCUGCAUGGAAGUUCACUGUGGACCUGACUCACCCCGUGGAGGACGGGAUCCUGGAUUCAACCAAUUUUGAAACAUUCCUAAAAGAGAGGAUCAAGGUCAAUGGAAAGACGGGGAAUCUGGGUAACGUUGUCCAGGUUGGCCGCAUGAAGAACAAGAUCAAUGUUACAUCUGAGAAGCAGUUCUCCAAAAGGUAUCUGAAGUACUUGACAAAGAAAUACCUGAAGAAGAACAACCUCCGUGACUGGCUGCGAGUGGUGGCAUCCAACAAGGAGACAUAUGAGCUGCGUUACUUCCAGAUCAGUCAGGAUGAUGAGUCAGAGGCAGACGAGUAAAGAUCAGCAUCAGGGCACCACAGACAUGUAUGUGUAACAGCAGGCAAAUAAAUCUGGGAAAAGAUA